ACCGCUGGAAGCCAGUCCAGGGGAAGAGAUAGGAGCCGAUCAGUCACUUUUUUAUCUUCAAUAAAGACCGCAAGACCGGUUCCGGUGUCACUGACGUUCACUCCCUACGUCUUCAACAUCCAUUUCGAACAGCCGGCUUGAGGUUGUUGAUCAUAAUGAUGUCCGCAAGAAUCACCAGAGUCGUUUUUGCUGCUCUCGUGGCCCGAUGCGUUGCAGCAGCCCGCAAGAAUAUCAUCAUCGACACCGACAUCUUCAGUGAUUGCGAUGACACCGCCGCGCUGCUCCUUGCCGCGACGUCCCCCGACGUGAACUUGCUCGGUGUCAACGUCAACUAUCCUUCGACCUACUCCGUGACCGCAACGUCGGCUAUCCUCGCGCACUACGGCCUGCCCGCGGUCCCCAUAGGGACGCGCCGGCCGUUGACCGACGAGGGCUUCCUCGACACGUUCGCGUACGAUCUGGGAGAGUAUGCGAGCAAGAUAUCGUAUCACUUCUCCGGGGGCUCCCUCCCGUUUGGGGCGGCAGAGGAGGCAUGGGACGCCGUCUCGCUGUACCGCAAGCUCCUCGCCGAGGCGGACGGGCCCGUCACCAUCGUCUCGAUCGGCUUCUUCGAGAACCUCUCGGGCCUGCUCAACUCCACGGCCGACUCGCACUCGGACCUCGCCGGCCCCGCGCUCGUCGCGAGCAAGGUCGCGGAGCUGGUCGUCAUGGGCGGCGGGUACCCCUCGGGCAGGGAGUUCAACUUCUUCGGGGACAACCCGCUGCGCACGGCGCACGUCGUCAAUAACUGGCAGGGCCGCAUCGUCUUCUGCGGCACCGAGGUCGGCGGCGAUUUGCUGUCCGGCGGCAGGCUCCUUGCCGAGGGCCCGCUGUCGGAUCCGGUCCGCCAGGCCUACAUCUACUACAACUUCUACCGACCCCGGCAGUCGUGGGAUCCUCUCACGGUUCUGUAUGCCAUGCAGGGCGUUGGGGACCUUUUCGAGUACGGCAACGAGUACGGCCGCAACUUUGUCUUUGCGAAUGGCUCAAACGAGUGGAUCUUUGACAGGAAUGUCACCAACCAGUUCUGGUUGAACCUGAAAGUGGACAAUGUCACGGCCUCGGCGGCUCUCGACAAGCUUUACCUGGAAGGGGCGUUGCUUUUUGCCAAUACGACUAACGCAUAAAGAGCUAUGCCGGCAUUAUAUCUUGCUUUGUCACUCAUAUCGGCAGCCACUCAACGUAGGGGAAGUUGUAACGCCAGGUUGUCCCAGUUCAAGAGUCCAGAUUCAAGAGGCAAAAAUCAGAUUUAUAAUAAAAUAACAUACAAGAGGCUGCGGUAGUCGGUUCUGAUUCCGUGUCUCGC